AUGACGAAUAAAACCCCCACUAGCCAUGAAAGACUCCCCGCCGGUACUGUCGUUAUUGCAGGCGGCGGACCUGUCGGGUUGUUGCUUGCAACUGUUUUGUCACAUUAUGGAAUCAGAUCACUACUCUUCGAGAGAAACGAAGCGACAACAAGAUGGCCAAAGAUGGAUUUGACAAACGCCCGUUCAAUGGAGAUAUUCAGAAGACUGGGUCUUGCUGAGGCGUUACGACAGCUAGGGGUCGCACCUCACAUUUCAUCCAAUGUGUUGAUCUCGACAGGGUUGAAUGCAGACGAGCCUAUCACGAAAUGGCUACUCCCAAGCGUCGAUGAGUUUAGAACCCGGAUCAAAACUCAAAAUGACGGUACCCAACCUUGCGAAGCUUGGCAGAGGAUAUCACAAGUUCAAUUCGAAGCAUGGCUGAAGAAGCAGUGUGAACAGGAUCCCAAGGUGGAAGUGCGGUUUGGGUGGAAGGUAGAGAAUGUUGAAGAAGAAGAUGAACAGGUCAAAACUAUUGCGACAAAUAUGAAGACAGGGCUGACUGCGGAGUUUAUUUCUGAAUAUCUGGUGGGGUGUGACGGAGCCUCAAGCGUGGUUCGAAAAUCACUAAGCCUUCCUUUGGACGGCGGUCCAGCGCCGACAUGCGCGCUGCUCGUCCAUUUUAAGUCAAGGGAUUUGACCCGGCUCCACAAGCAAGGCCAGUUCUGGCAUAUCUUCUUUAUCCUUCCACCAGGUGCCUUUGGUGGAGCCAUCAUCGCGCAAAAUGAAAUAGAUACAUGGACUGUCCACUUAUUUCUUCCUGUUGGGACUGACAUGGACUCCAUUAGCUCCGAGGAGGCUGUUGCUAGAGUGCUUGGAGGUAUGACCGGCCCAUACCAUGUCAAGAUUGACGAAAUUCUGGUUCGCUCGGUAUGGCGUCCUAGUAUCGCUGUCGCUCGAACGUGGGCAGGAUCUAAAGGGCGUGUCUUCAUUGCGGGUGAUGCUGCACAUCAAAAUAUCCCGACUGGUGGUUACGGCAUGAACAUGGGCAUUGGCGAUGCGUACGAUCUAGGUUGGAAGUUGGCUGCAGUGAUUAACUACGCAGGCAAAGGCCUUCUUGCAUCCUAUGAGACAGAGAGACGACCGGUUGCACUGCGUAAUGUUGAGUUUUCCGGUCGUCACAUGUCUGUUCAUCAGAAUGUUGAACAGUUUCUACAGGGCGGGGGGCAUCAACGAUCUGACACGCCGACUCGACUAGACAACGACGUGGUAGAGAAGAUUCAUGAUUACUAUCAGAUGAAUGAUGGAGAGAACAAAAGCUUUGGCCUAGAAAUGGGGUAUAUCUACGAGUCUAAUGUCAUUUUAAGACAGGAAGAAGAUGUCGAAAAACCGGAAUGGCAAGCCAGAUCCUAUACACCGUCGACAUAUCCAGGGAUCCGACCACCGAGUAUUUUUCUCUCCGACGGUUCGCUUCUGUUCGAUCAUUUUGGAAAGGACUGGUCUCUUGUCACGUUUGCUGAAGAUCAAUCAAGUAUCCAGCGCAUCUUGAAUGCCGCAAAGUUGUUGUCCAUGCCGAUUAAGCAUGUUGAUCUCAAGGGAGAAAGCCACGCCCGAUGGCUUUGGGAGCAAGACAUAGUUCUUGUUAGGCCAGAUGAGCAUGUUGCAUGGAGAGCAAGCUCUGUGGAUAGCCUGGAUGCAGCGGAAAACAUUCUGCGAACCGUAAUUGGUCUCAAGCCAACCGUUUGCGAACAGAAUGUUGACAAGACAAUCACAACUAAAGUCCCAACUCAAGCAUUCACAUCGACCGUCGAGAUGAGGACCCAGGUGAAUAAAUAUGAAAUGGAAUAUAUGAGCGAGUUUCAGCAAUAA